AGCACAUUUAUUGUAUGUUGGGUUUUAGGUCAAGCAAUGUGUUAAUGUGUGAAGGUGUGGGAGGGUAGUGUAGUGGAGGGCAGCGGUACCCACACAGCCUACUCUGCUGCCUUCAUUGUUACCUCUGUGAUGGAAGACAAGAAAAUGAUAGAGAAAGAAGGGGGAGAGACCCACGUGGUGGAGAACGAAGGAAGACAGACCCACGUGGUGGAGAAUGAAGGAAGACAGACCCACGUGGUGGAGAAUGAAGGAAGACAGACCCACGUGGUGGAGAAUGAAGGAAGACAGACUCACGUGGUGGAGAAUGAAGGAAGACAGACCCAUGUUAUGGAGAAUGAAGGAAGCGAGAUAGGAGCGUCAGAACCUCGUUCAACCUCUAAAAACUCCAAUUUGAGACUAAAAGGUACUGUUGUUCUCAUCAGCUUGUACCUGGUGUUUGGUUAUGGUGCCCAGCUCAUCUGUAAUGUGAUUGGCUUUAUCUACCCAGCCUACUGCAGUAUCAAAGUAAGUGGAACACUAAUUUAUUUCGUUAAACUUUGAAAUUGUCAAUAUUGUGCUGUACUGUAUAUUCAACCUUUGUCUUUAAGGUUUAUAAAUUUAGUAAAGAUCCAAAACCUGUACUAUUGUGAUAUUUUUUUUUUUUUUUUAUUAGAGGAGAUGCAUUGUAAGUUAAAUAUGUAGGAAGAUAUGAUACUGUACCAUAUUCCUAUAGCUAAAAGGUAAAAAUGAUUCUGGAGCUUAAAUGGCUAGUCCUUCCUUAUCCCUUUCAGGGUCCCCAGGCCCCCUCCCAGACUUGUUCUCAGGGUCGCCCAAAUUUAAAAAAAAAAAAAAAAUUCUUGUGAAAAGAUAGAGAAUCUUUUCCCGAUCAUAAUAACACCAAAAGUAUGAAUUUGAUGGGAAACUUACGGAAUUAUGCUCUCGCGAAGUUAGGGGUCUCGGCAAUGUUUACGUAUCGGCGAUUUUUGCCCACUUUGAGCCCUAUUUUUGGCCAAUUCCAUUGUACUAGCCGACAAAAAUCAUUACAGUGGACCCCCGCUUUACGAUCAGCUCUCAAUGCGACCAAUUAUGUAAGUGCAUUUGUACGUGUGUGUUUGGGGGUCUGAAAUGGACUAAUCUAAUUCACAAUAUUCCUUAUGGGAACAAAUUCGUUCAGUACUGGCACCUGAACAUACUUCUGGAAUGAAAUAAUAUCGUAAACCGGGGGUCCACUGUAUUUCACUAGAACUCCAUUUUUUUUCUAUCGAACGAGUACAAGAAAACACCCAUUUACUGAUUUCAACUAUCCAAUAAAGUGGUCAGAAUUUAGCAAUUUCGCCAAUUUCACACAUUUCAAAAGAUGCCAAUUUCCAAAUAGGGCCCAGAAUAAACAAGAAAGACAUUCCUGGCACUAAAAUAAGUUCCUCUGUUCAUUAGUCACGUCCCCACGCCC